AUGGACAAUGAAAAUGAAUAUUUGUUUAACUUCAAAGGGUAUAAUUUUGAGAAAAGUUUAGUUAAAAUGCAGAUUGUUGAAAAUAUAGAAGAUUUUGAAAUUCGAGAUGAUGACAUCUUUAUAGUCACAUAUCCAAAGUCUGGUACCAUCUGGACUCAGCAGAUCCUCUCCUUGAUUUGUUUUGAGGGUCAUCGGAACAGAACUGAAAACAUUGUCACACUUGAUAGAGCACCAUUUCUUGAGUACAAUAUCCAUAAUUUAGAUUAUGCCAAAAUGCCAUCACCUCGCAUUUUCAGUACUCACCUUCCAUAUUACUUAAUACCAAGAGGUCUCAAGGAGAAAAAAACGAAAAUUCUUUAUAUCUACAGAAAUCCUAAAGAUAUUUUGACCUCCUUUUAUCAUUUCUCUAAGUUGCUGGUUAAACUUGAAGCUCCAGAUACUAUAGAAGGUUAUAUGAAAACAUUUCUAGAUGGAGAUGUGGUAGGAAGCUGUUGGUUUGAUCACAUAAGAGGCUGGUAUGAACACAGACAUGAUUUCAAUAUAAUGUUCAUGAGCUUCGAAGACAUGAAGAAGGACCUCAGAAGCUCAGUGCUUAAAAUCUGCAGUUUUCUGGGAAAAAAAUUGAGUGAAGAAGAUAUAGAUUCUGUUGUGAGACAAGCUACAUUUAAGAACAUGAAAACUGACCCACAAUCAAAUUAUGAACAUAUUAUAAAACAUGAACUCGGAACAAGAAAUGAUGAAGGACGUUUCCUUCGCAAAGGUGCUGUUGGAGACUGGAGAACUCAUUUGACUGUGGAUCAAAGUGAAAGAUUUGACAAGAUAUUUCAUACAAACAUGAAAAACAUCCCCUUAAAAUUCACCUGGAAUAUGAAUGAGGAAUAGAAUGCCAAUCAUCAUGGGAAUAAAUCAUAUGAAAAUAUAUGAAUCAGAGACUGAAUGUUAAUUAUUAAAAUUAAUGUAUUUCUCUAACUCAGCUAUUAAUU